GUUUCAUUUGGGAGCUUGGCAGAAGUCGACGAGCGAGAUGAGCGUGGCUACGGAUGCGUUGUUCAACGAAGGGUGGGGUGAUGUCCUCACAAGCAUUUCGCCUUACAUGUGGGGCAACAUUGGUAUCGCCGUCGGCCUUGGCUUCUCCGUCAUCGGUGCGGCCUGGGGCAUCUUCUUGACGGGCUCGAGCUUGCUCGGCGCGGCGGUCAAGGCGCCGCGCAUUCGCUCGAAGAACUUGGUGUCGAUCAUUUUCUGCGAAGCGACAGCCAUCUACGGUGUCAUUAUCUCGAUCAUCUUGCAAAACAAGGUCGAAGUGCCCGGCGUGCGCGGCCCGCACGACGCGCCGCUCGACCUCAACCAGCUCUACUUUGCUGGCUACGCGGUCUUUGGCGCCGGCCUCGCGGUCGGCCUCACCAACAUUGCCAGCGGCAUCUCGGUCGGCAUUGCUGGCAGUUCGUGCGCGCUUGCGGACGCCCAGAACGCCAACCUCUACGUCAAGAUUUUGAUUGUCGAGAUUUUCGCCAGUGCGCUCGGUAUCUUUGGCGUCAUCGUCGGCAUCAUCAUGUCCAACAACGCCGGCUUCCCCAAGUAGAAGACACCCAUGCGGCCCUUCUGGGCGUCGUCCUGCGCAACUAGUUUCUUACCAACAACACGACGACUUGCAUUUUGAGUUUGAC